UGGCUCAGGUGGUUGAACCGCCGCGUCCGACCGUCGACCCUUCGGCGCGUCGACCGUCGUGAAGGCCCCGUCGGCCCGUGUCUGAUGGCCCGGCAAAGCUCCGCGCCACGAGGCUGACGAGCACGAAGGAGUAACUGCCCUUUCAGAAGGCAUGGCAGACGCUGGAGGAGCCAAGGCGAUCGAGGCGUCCAAGCCCGAGGAGAAGAAGAAGAGCCCCUGGCUCGAUGCCUGGCAUGAUCCUGUGGCAGGCAUGAGCUGCUAUUCGUCCUUCUUAUGUCUUGCAGAUCUAGUCGCUGAUGGAGAUCAUCGGCUCAUCAUGGUCGACCUGAAAAAGCGCAUUCGAAUGUACAAGGGAACGACCAUCCAAUGGGAGCACAAGCUGCCUGAUGUGCCUUGCGCUGUGCAAGCCUUCUACCAUGAGGCGGCCAAUCCCCCCAUUCCCACGCUGGCGGUGGCCAGCGGGCACCGGGUUCUGAUCUUUCGGAACAUGCGGCCCUCCAUGCAGUAUCGGCUGCCACCGAUUGAGAUAGACCCCGCAGAAGCACGAAUUUGGGAGGAGAUGGGCCAGGAAUCGGCGGACCUCCAAGCGGGCUUUGAGAAGCUGAACACGGCCCGUGAAAACGGAGUGGCGCUGUCCAACCUGUCCAUUGACUUCCUUGCAGUGGAGGAUCUAGCAGCUCAGGCCGAGUAUAUCCGUGCGCACAAGGACUACUUGCAUGAGCAGCAGACCUCAAUCACGUGCACGGAGGUUCUCAAACAGAACAUGGACGAGCCAACUGCGGUCAGCAUGCUGGUCAUUGGCACCGAGAACAGGAUGAUCUACAUCCUGAACAGCGAUGCCUUAAACCUCGCCGCCAAGGUGAAGUUGGAAGCUGUGCCGACCUUCAUCUCUGUGCUCGGACUCUUUGAUGUUGAGUACAGGAUAACAGUGGCUUGCAGAGAUGGCAACAUCUACACCGUCAAAAAUGGACAGGUGCUUAGCAAUGUCAUUGAACUAGAGACGCAGCCUGUGGGGCUUGUGAGAUUUGACAAGAAUGUAUACGUCGGUUGCAUGGACAAUGUGAUUCACUGUUUCCACUUCAAGGGCAAGAAGAAUCACUCGAUCUACUUGCCAUGCCCAAUCUCCUGCAUGUCUCUUUUGCAGAUCACCAAGUCGCGAGUGGCAAAGGCCUUGGUGGUUGCUUUACAGAAUGGUGAGGUGCGGCUCUACAAUGGAAAACACCUCAUAGCCACAGUGGAAACGAAUGACGUCGUCUCUGGGAUUCGGCUUGGGACCUUUGGUCGAGAGGAAGGCUCGAUGGUGCUGAGCUUCAAGUCAGGAGCUUUGAUGGUGAAGAUUCUCCAGAGAAAUGCCAAUUUGGAUGGUGCAUCGAUCAAUGUCGGUCCUCCACCUGAGCAGGACAUACCUUUGGAUGUGCCAAAGAAAACCAAGCUGUAUGUGGAGCAGACGAGCAGAGAACGAGAGCAGGCGAUUGACAUGCACAGGACCUUCCAACGGGAUUUGUGCAAGCUUCGCCUCUCCACCGCUCGGGCGUAUGUCAACUUGCUGGGAACUGGCCAUGGGCCAAUGUCUUCCUCCGGUGGAGCCCAAGUGCGAAUCAACGCACAGGUUCUAGGAAUGGGCCCCCAGUUCAAGAUCCUGGUGCGGGUGCAAAAUGCUGGUUCAAGCUCCCUGACGGAUGUGCCAGUGCAUUGCACCACCAAUCCCAAUCUCUAUCGGAUACCAAAGCCGUGUUUCUACCUGCCUAUUCUCGUCCCGCAGCAGGUCUACCUCGUGGAGGUGCCGGUGACCUGCAUCAACGAGAACGGCGGCACCGCCUCGGUCCGAAUCUUCUUGGCCAGCAAGAACUCGCAUGUGCCGUUGAUCUCGGCGGUUGUACAAAUGCCCAUCUCUGAGCCGCCGCUCCUGGAUUUCUGAGGUGGCGCCAACGUACGCCGCUUCGUAGCUUCGAACGCUGCUGGGGCGUUCCAAAGUAGGGCUCCCAAUCCAAAGCAAAUUGGAUAGGUUCGUCCAGACACCUGAGAUGUCGAUGG